AUGGGAUUAUUUUUAAACUCGGGGAGGAAGUAUUUAUUGUUCUGGGCCAGGAGACGGCCGGCAGGGAAUCCUCUGGGGACAGUCGCUCCGAAGAAGGCCAAGAAGAGGGCAGAGGGCGCCAACUCCAACGUCUUCUCCAUGUUCGAGCAGACCCAGAUCCAGGAAUUCAAAGAGGCCUUCACCAUCAUGGACCAGAACAGGGAUGGCUUCAUCGACAAGAACGACCUCAGGGACACCUUCGCUGCUCUCGGACGAGUGAACGUGAAGAAUGAGGAGAUUGAUGAAAUGAUCAAGGAAGCUCCGGGGCCCAUUAACUUCACUGUGUUCCUGACGAUGUUCGGGGAGAAACUGAAGGGGGCAGACCCCGAGGAGACUAUUCUCAACGCGUUCAAAGUGUUCGACCCUGAGGGCAAAGGAGUGCUCAAGGCUGACUACGUGCAGGAGAUGCUGACCACACAGGCCGAGCGAUUCUCCAAGGAGGAGGUGGACCAGAUGUUCGCCGCUUUCCCCCCUGACGUGACGGGCAGCUUGGACUACAAGAACCUGGUGCACAUCAUCACCCACGGGGAAGAGAAGGACUGAGCGCGCGGGGCUCGGCCCGAACACCCGCCAGCCCUGCCCCGGCCUGCUGUGGGCAGCGUGGCCUCUCGCUUCCUCCUCCAGCCCUACGGUUGCAGGAGACGGGGAGCGAUGCUGCUGGACGCGGCAAACCUUACCUGGCGCGGCUGGGACGCGAACCCGCGCCCAGGCUCAGCUGAGGCUAAUAAACAGGAGGGCGCGA